GUAACUUACCAACUUCUAAAGUUCCAACAUUAGCAGAGUUGUUACCCAAAAUAGAUCAUAGUACAAAACAAACCAAAUAGGUUUAAUAAAGCCUUCAAAUUUGUCUGUCCGUACGGUUUUUUCAUGGCUUCGUCGGAGAUUGAAAUAGUGUCAGCAUCGGAUUCAAACGCUCAACAGCAAAACCCUAACGAGGAAGUCUCUGUGGCUCCUGUGAUCGACGUGUUCUCUGCCUCCGCUUAUGGAGAUUUUGACAAAUUGAGGAAGUUCGUCGAGGAAGACGGUGCGUCUCUUUCUCAACCCGAUUUGAAUGGCUACUACGCUCUUCAAUGGGCCGCUCUCAACAAUUUUCCUCAUAUCGUGCAAUAUAUCGUUGAGCAUGGAGGCGAUGUCAAUGCCACUGACAACAUUCUACAGACGGCUUUGCAUUGGGCGGCUGUUCGGGGAGCCAUUGCUGUUGCAGAUGUGCUUUUGCAGAAUGGAGCUCGGGUUGAAGCAGCUGAUUUCAAUGGCUAUCGGGCAGUUCAUGUUGCAGCUCAAUAUGGACAAACGGCUUUCUUAAAUCACAUUAUUGCGAAGUAUCAAGCUGAUUUUGAUGUGCCUGAUAAUGAGGGGAGGAGUCCUCUUCACUGGGCUGCAUAUAAAGGAUUUGCAGAUACAAUUAGAUUACUUCUAUUUAGAGAUGCAUCCCAAGGGAAACAAGAUAAAGAAGGUUGUACCCCUGUGCACUGGGCUGCAAUAAGAGGAAAUGUGGAGGCAUGCAGUGUGCUUGUACAUGCUGGCACGAAGCAGGAAUUGAUGGUGAAAGAUAAUGCUGGUUUCACUCCUGGUCAGCUAGCAUCUGAUAAAGGUCAUCGGCAUGUCGCUCUUUUCCUUUCUAAUGCACAGCGAGCUCACAGCAACAACUGGGGAGAUAAAAUUUGCGGUGGGAAGAUGACAGAUAUAGGUUAUGCUCCUAUCCUAUUUGCCAUAAUAAUCAUUGUCACGGUCCUCUUCAUCGACUCAGUUCUUGUAGCUCCCAAUCUUACAAAGGUUACUGCUGUUGUUGGACUCUGGGGAUGGGGUGCUGUUACUCUGGUGGCUGGUUCACUGAUUAUGUUCUACAAGUGUGCUAGUAAAGAUCCAGGUUAUGUAAAAAGACCAGGGGAUAUGGGUCAUCGUAAAGAUAAAGAGGAUCUUUUGUUGAAUAUUGAUCUGAACAGUUCCUCGGAGUGGACAGGAAAUUGGUCUCAAUUAUGCCCUACCUGCAAGAUCAUAAGGCCUGUUCGAUCAAAGCACUGCCCCACAUGUAAGCGAUGUGUGGAACAGUUUGACCAUCACUGCCCAUGGAUAUCUAAUUGUGUGGGGAAGAGGAACAAAAGGGAUUUCUUUGUUUUUCUCUGCUUUGCUUUUUUGGCAUCGGUCCUUAGUGCUGCUGUUGCAAUUCAAAGGAUUUGGACUGCAAAACCAGUCUUGCCUACUGAAGAAACAUGGAUUCAUUAUGUGGCAGUUCAACAUCCUGGUGUUGUUGCAUUUUUGCUCCUGGACAUGAUAAUUUUGCUUGCUGCUACCAUUUUAACUACCUCACAGGCUUCCCAGAUAGCUCGAAAUAUCACAACAAAUGAAUUAGCAAAUGCUAUUCGUUAUGGGUAUCUUCGUGGUCCAGAUGGGCGGUUUCGUAAUCCAUACAACCAUGGGUGGCAAAAGAACUGUGCAGAUUUUUUUAUUCAUGGCUAUACAAAUGAUGAAGAAAUUGCUUGGCCUCCAUUGCAGCAGGUUGCUAGGUAGAGCUAUUGCAAUGAUGUGCAGGUUUACAGCUAAGCUUGGCAUCUUGUUUUCUCCCUUGGUUACUGAUGAUGCUGGGCACCAAUUGCUAUAGCUGCAUAGAUGUUCCAUCAUAAGGACCGCAAUAGUUAUAUAUUGUUUAGAAAUACAUAAGAGUCCAAUUCAUAGCUUUCCAUAUGUAGAGUUGAAUGAAUACCAUUACAAAAGAAAUGAAAAAAACUUUCAAUUCUGUGGUUCUAUCUCCUAUCUCACAUUCCAAAACUGUUUCCACUGAACCUGUUUGUACCAGUUCAUUAAUGAUGGGAAAAUGAAGAGAUGGGCAUAAUCAACAUGCUUUAAGGAUAUUUAGAUACACUGAAUUAAUCCAUCCUACUUUUGAUGAA